GUCCUUGCGCGAAUCGCUUCCUCGACUCAUGCAUCUGAGAUUUCUUCCGUUCUGGUCAAUUUGGAGAAAGACAUCGAAGACUGCUCUGUCGAAAUCGCACGACUACAGGCUCAAAUUCGUUCACAAAAUACGAAACGCAACUUCCUCCACCAUGUCAAACAAUGGGGUCAGUCCAUCCUUGCUCCUGUAAGGAGGCUUCCGAACGAGAUUCUUCACGAAAUAUUCGCCGAUUGC